CUCCAAUGAAAAAAAUAAAAACACAACAAAAAUUUUGAAAAAGUAGAGAGAGAAAGAGAGUUAUUCAUGACUUUAGUAAAGGCAAAAUUGUACUAGAUAGGUUAAUUUUAGCAUAAUACAAUUAAAAAUAUUAGAAAAAAUUUGUAAAGCAACACAAUUUAAAACUAAUAAAAAUUAUAUAUAUUUUGUAUUUAAUAUAUUAAUAUAAAUUACACUUCUUUAGAGAGAGAGUUUUUGCGUUUAAGUGAGUGAGAGAAAAACAGAAAAGGAAAAGAAAAAGGAGAUCCAACAAAUACAAGACAUCAACAAAACCUUUCUCCUAAUCAUUCCAGGAAAAAAAAUUAUAAAGAUACAGAGAGAAAGAGAAUCAAAGCUGAGAUUUUUGUUUCCUCAGACGAUAGUUAAGGUUGUUGCAUCUUUUGUUUAAGGUGAAAGGAGAUUAGGGUUUAUGUGAAGGUGGAGUUUGCUUGAAAAAAGAGGUUUUGAAGGGUUGUUUUUGUUUGUUAUGGUUUUUAAGAAUUUGGAUUUUGUUUUUUUGGCCAGAAGGGGCUUUGGUGUAAUGAUUUGGGGCUUUGAAUAGUAUCAAGGUCGUUUGUUGGAAAAGUGAAAGUAAGUAUUUAAAUGAGAGAUUUUGAAGGUUAAUCUAAUUGUAGAAGGAAUUGAAGGAGAAGCAUUUUCUAGGUGUUUCUUUGAGUUUAUAUGAAUUGUUGGAUUUUGUUGGCGUUGUAAGGUUUUUGGGAGGAAGAUUUUGGGUUAGUUAUAGUGUAAAAGUUAAUUUCUUGCUUUACCAUUCGAUCUGUGAGCUGGAGCGACUAGGAGUACCCGGGACGAUGUCUUCCUUAAGUAGGGAGACGGUGUUUUUGAUCUUACAGUUCCUGAAUGAGGAAAAGUUCAAGGAAACUGUUCAUAAGUUAGAACAAGAGUCUGGUUUUUUCUUCAAUAUGAAAUAUUUUGAGGAUCAGGUCCAGGCUGGUGAAUGGGAUGAAGUCGAGCGUUAUCUAUGUGGGUUCACUAAGGUUGAAGAUAACCGUUACUCAAUGAAGAUUUUCUUUGAAAUUAGGAAGCAGAAGUAUUUGGAAGCUCUUGACAGGCAGGAUCGAGCAAAGGCUGUUGAAAUUCUUGUAAAGGAUCUGAAGCUUUUUGCAUUCUAUAAUGAAGAACUUUUCGAGGAGAUUACCCAGUUGCUCACUCUUGAUAACUUUAGGCAAAAUGAACAGCUUUCAAAAUAUGGAGACACGAAAUCUGCUCGAAAUAUCAUGCUUGUAGAGCUUAAGAGGCUGAUUGAAGUAAAUCCUUUAUUUCGCGAUAAGCUUGUGUUCCCAGCUUUUAAAAAUUCACGACUAAGGACCUUAAUAAACCAGGGUCUAAACUGGCAGCAUCAACUUUGCAAGAAUCCUCAUCCAAACCCUGACAUUAAAACUCUCUUUAUGGAUCAUUCUUGUUCUCCUACUACUAAUGGGGCUCCUCCUCCUCCUCCUACUAACAGUCCCCUUGUCGGACCAAUUCCCAAGCCUGGGGCAUUCCCUCCUAUUGGUGUCCAUGCUCCAUUUCAGCCUGUAGUUUCCCCGACUUCUGGUGCUUUAGUGGGUUGGAUGUCAAGUGGUAAUCCUUCUUUACCUCAUGCAGCAGCUAUGGCAGCAGGCCCCCCUCGUCUUGUCCAGCCUUCUAAUGCAGCUGCAUUCCUCAUGCAUCCAAGGACACCAUCAGGUCUGCCAGGGAUGGAUUAUCAGUCAGCUGAUUCAGAGCAUUUGAUGAAGUGCAUUCACAAUGGCCAAUCUGAUGAGGUAUAUUUUUCUGGUAUAGCACAUACUCCCAAUAUCUACUCACAAGACGACCUUCCAAAAACUGUUGUGCGGGCCCUUAAUCAAGGAUCUAUUGUCAUGAGCAUGGACUUUCAUCCUCAACAACAAACUAUUCUCCUAGUUGGCACGAAUGUUGGUGAUAUCAGCCUUUGGGAAGUAGGAUCUCGGGAAAGGUUGGCCCAUAAACUGUUCAAGGUUUGGGAUAUCUCAGCUGGUUCCAUGUCUUUUCAGACAGCGCAAUUGAAUGAUGCUGUGAUAUCAGUCAAUCGAUGUGUUUGGGCACCAGAUGGACAUAUGCUUGGUGUUGCAUUUUCGAAGCAUAUUGUCCAGAUAUAUCAUUACAAUCCAACUGGAGAAUUAAGACAGCAUUUGGAGAUUGAUGCCCAUGUUGGAGGUGUUAAUGACAUAGCGUUUGCUCAUCCCAACAAGCAAUUAUGUAUUGUUACAUGUGGCGAUGAUAAGCUGAUUAAGGUAUGGGACACUGUAGCUGGAUGUAUACAUUAUACAUUUGAAGGCCAUGAAGCUCCUGUAUAUUCUCUUUGCCAUUGUAAAGAAAAUAUUCAGUUUAUCUUUUCCACCGCCAUUGAUGGGAAGAUUAAAGCGUGGUUGUAUGAUUGCUUGGGAUCUAGAGUGGACUAUAAUGCUCCUGGACAUUGGUGCACGACAAUGGCAUAUAGUGCUGAUGGAACUAGGCUCUUCUCUUGUGGAACCAGUGAAGAUGGCGAAUCCUAUUUAAUUGAGUGGAGUGAGAGUGAGGUAGCUAUCAAAAGAGCAUAUUCUGGUUUUAGGAAGCGUUCUUUAGGUGUUGUCCAGUUUGACACAACCAGAAACAGGUUCUUAGCAGCUGGUGAUGAAUUCCAGAUUAAGUUCUGGGACAUGGAUAAUACUACCAUGUUGAUGGCCGUUGAUGCUGAUGGCGGGUUGCCUGCUAGUCCCAGACUAAGAUUCAACAAGGAAGGUUCAUUGUUGGCAGUUACAACUAGUGAUAAUGGUAUCAAAAUCUUGGCUAACAGUGAUGGUUCACGCCUGAUAAGGAUGUUGGAGAGCAGGGCUGCUGAUAAAAAUCGAGGUCCUUCUGAACCUGCCAACUCUAAGCCAUUGAAUAUUAAUGCUCUUGGUCCUGUGGGGAAUGCUGCCAUUGCUCCUGUGGGGAAUGCUGCCAUUGCUUCAGCCCUUGAACGCCCAGAUAGAGUCCCUCCUGCUGGUACCGUGGACAGCUGCAUGCUUGUUGAUGGUAAACCUCGGAUUUCAGAUGAUACAGACAAGAUCAAGGGCUGGAGAAUGCCUGACAUUAUAGAUCCAUUUUACCUGAAAAUCCUGCGAAUACCUGAUGCCAUAAUAUCAGGAAAAGUUGUGAGGCUGCUGUAUACUAACUCUGGUCUUGCUCUUUUGGCCCUCGCAUCAAAUGCUGUUCACAAGCUUUGGAAAUGGCCAUGUAGUGAUAGGAGUCCAUUAGGCAAGGCUACUGUAUAUGUUGCACCACAAUUAUGGCAGCCACCUAGUGGUACUCUGAUGACGAAUGAUAUAAGUGACACUAAACCUCCGGAAGAGUCUGCUGCAUGCAUUGCGUUAUCUAAAAAUGAUUCUCAUGUUAUGUCUGCAUCGGGAGGGAAGGUGUCCUUGUUCAACAUGAUGACAUUCAAGGUUAUGGCAACCUUUAUGUCCCCUCCUCCUGCGGCCACAUUCUUGGCAUUUCAUCCCCAAGAUAAUAAUAUUAUUGCUAUUGGCAUGGAAGAUUCCACAAUUCAAAUUUAUAAUGUCAGAGUUGAUGAGGUCAAAACCAAACUCAAGGGCCACAAGAAUUGGAUAACAGGACUUGCCUUUUCCCAAAGUUUAAAUUCUCUGGUGUCUUCAGGGGCUGAUGCACUGUUAUGUGUUUGGAGCAUUGAGGGAUGGGAGAAAAAGAAAUCGAGGUUCAUACAGGCACCAGCUGUAUGUCAAUCUCCACUAGCAGGAGAAACAAAAGUCCAGUUUCACAAUGACCAAACUCAUCUAUUGGUUGUUCAUGAAAGCCAAAUAGCCGUCUAUGACAGCGAGCUUGAAUGUUUGCGCUCUUGGUUUCCAAAAGAUCCACUCAGUGCUCCCAUUUCAAGUGCAAUAUAUUCCUGCGAUGGCUCACUGAUUUAUGCUGGUUUUUGUGAUGGUGCUAUUGGAGUUUUUGAUUCGGAUAACUUGAGGCUCAGAAGUCGAAUAGCGCCCUCUGCUUACAUACCUUCACUCUCUGACAGCAGCAACAGUGCAUAUGUGGUGGUCAUAGCUGCUCACCCAUCGGAGCCUAACCAGAUUGCGCUAGGCAUGAGCGAUGGAGCAGUAAAUGUGUUGGAACCCUCUGAUAUAGAAUUGGAAUGAGGUAAUACAACUACUCAAGAGAAUGGAUCCCUUCCUUCAAGUUCAUCGAAUCCAUCCUUAAGUGGUCAACCAACAGAGCUACCUUCAAGGUGAUAGAUAGUGGUGUAGAUAUUAAGUAUGGAGAGACGUAUACGAGUGGUAGUGAUUGGAUUUAACCUCUUUACUUUGAAAUCAAUUGCCUUAAAUCUCA